AUGGGCUCCAACUCGGCAACUACAGAUGAGAUCACCUUCUCAGACUACCUGGGCCUCAAUGCCGCCCUGUUCGAGUGGGCAGACAGCUACGACGCCAAGGACUGGAAGCGGCUGAGCAGAUGCAUCGCCCCGACCCUCCGUAUCGACUACCGCUCCUUCCUGGACAAGCACUGGCCCGCCAUGCCCGCCGAGGACUUCAUAGCCAUGAUCUCCUCCCCCGCGGUGCUGGGCAGCCCCCUCCUGCGCACGCAGCACUUCGUCGGCGCGUCGCGCUGGGAGAAGGUGUCCGACACCGAGGUCAUCGGCCACCACCAGCUGCGCGUGCCGCACCAGGUCUACACGGACGCCACGCUGGCCGAGGUCAAGGUUAAAGGCCACGCCCACAGCUACAACAUGCACUGGUACCGCAAGGUGGAGGGCGUGUGGAAGUUCGCCGGGCUCUGCCCGGACAUCCGCUGGGGCGAGUACGAGUUCGACCGGGUCUUUGCCGAGGGGCGGGAGAACUUUGGCGAGGGGCAGGAGGCGGCCGCGGCGCCGGCCAAGGCUGAGGGCAAGGGGGCUGUUAGUGAGGAGGUUAGGGAGCUGCAGGCUGCUGUUUCUGUGUGA